CCACCUGCAUCUUUUUCCUUACUUGCUCAUAUUCACGGCCGGCGUUCGUCCUUUGGUCGCGGCUGCCCCUUUCUGCAUCUCGGCAUCCCCUGGACCUGAGCCACUUUUUCUCUCGACACCUCUCGCUCGACGCCACCUCGCGGCUCGCCAGCGCACGCUCAACCGCACAUCAUGUCCCGCAUACAACAGGACCAGUUCGUCGACGAUGACGAGGAGGAGUGCUGCCCUCUUUGCGUCGAGGAGUUCGACCUGUCCGACAGGAACUUCCGACCAUGCCCUUGCGGCUACCAGAUAUGCCAGUUCUGCUAUAACAACAUCAAGACCAACAUGAACGGCCUCUGCCCUGCAUGUCGCCGUGUCUACGAUGAUUCGACCAUCGAGUUCAAGACCAUUACCCCCGAAGAGAUGGCCAAGCACAAACAGCAGAUUGCGCAGAAGGCGAAGAAGAACGCGCAACAGCGGCAGAAGGAGGCACAGAAAGCGGAAGCCGACUCGCUGAGUCGCAAACACCUCGCCGGGUUGAGGGUCGUCCAGAAGAACCUCGUUUACGUGACCGGACUCACUCCCACGAUCCGCGAAGACCGUCUCCUAGACACACUACGCGGCCCCGACUACUUUGGCCAGUAUGGUAAAAUCAUCAAGAUCGUCGUGAGCAAAGCAAGGGAGAACGCACAGCAUCAACAAUCUGUUGGAGUUUACGUGACAUUUGCGCGCAAAGAAGACGCAGCCGCUUGCAUAGCAGCCGUCGAUAGCUCACAGAACGGCGAGCGCACCUUGAGGGCGCAAUAUGGCACAACCAAGUAUUGCUCGGCCUACCUCCGCGGGGAGCAAUGCAACAACCGGAACUGCAUGUUCCUUCACGAGCCCGGCGAAGACAACGACAGCUUUACUCGCCAGGACCUGUCAAUGAUGAACUCAAUACAGACGCAACAGCCCGCCCAGUCAUCUACUAGCCGUUCGGCUCCUCCGGCUCAUCCAGGCCCAGCUGUAGCUGCAGCAUCAACUCCGAUGCACCGACAAGAUAGCAACGAAGUUGGGGUUUCCGAGGACGCGCCAGGAUUACCCGCAACAGCGAACUGGGGAAGCAAAGCUGCUCAAGAGCGCCGCGCUAGUCGCUCGACGAAUGCCUCGAAUCCAAGCCCAAUGACAGUCAACGCUGUGCCCGCGCCUCUGAUAGUCAAGCCAACCAAAGUGGAAGAGCCACCCAAGAAAAAGACCAAAGAGAAGGAGAAAUCUGCGCAGGCCUCCAAACCCAACACACCACAACCGCAACAACAGGCACAGUCCCAAUCGCAGCCAGAACCUGUUCCUCGCCCACAGAAACCCCGCAUUCCUGGCCUCGACGGUCUACUGAAAGCCGUAACGUCCGACGACUUCAAGUUUGUCUUUUCGAGCGCUGUACUCUCAGAGGAGGAAUUCAAGGCUAUCAUCGAGUUUCCUCAGCUUCUUGAUCCCAAUGGCGGGGCAAAACGACGUGCUAUGCGAGAGAAAGAGAAGGAAUUGGCUGCUCAACGCGAAGCUGAAGCUCAAGCCCAGGCUCCUGCGUCGCAACAGGCGCAACAGCAACAUCAGGCUCCAACUGAAAGUGACGAGCACGAAACGACUGCCGGAGGUAGCUUGCAGCUUGGUGGCGAGCCUGAGGAAACUCAUCAACCUGGCGCCAGUCAUCAGAACCAACACGUUAUUGCACCACCGGGCCAACAGACUCUGGGCGGCAAUCUCUUUGGACAAAACAAUUCUCUGGCUGAGGACUUUAGUAACCUUGGUUUGAACACCACUCGUCAGUUGACGCAACAGCAACAACAGCAACUGCUUUUAUCGAACUUCAAGUCGGGUCCUCAGUCUGCUAGCCUCCUCUCUCAAUUCCAGAAUAGUCAGCCGCAACAAGCACACGCCCCCACUGGGAACGCUCCUGGGCAUACGAGGCAUACGUCUCGCUUCAGUUUUGCCAACGACAGUGCAUCCGCUUCAGCUUCUGUGCAGCCGGUCGCAAACCAGAAGCUGAUGAAUCAGCAGUCCUCGAUGAUGCCCAAGAACGCGAAUCACUUCCCUCAAAUCUCUCAACAUCAGUCAUUGAGUGGACAAUACUAUACUAGCGGCGUCCAGGGCCCCCCGCCAGGGUUGAAGGCCACACCGACACCACCAAUCAGUGGCGGUGGUAUGUUCGGUCAGGGCAAUGGUUUCGGCUCCAGUGGCCUGGGUUACGGUGGAAAUGCUUCUGGCAGAAACAACAGCGAUGCACUCUAUCAGGACCUGCUCCGAAGCAGGAACUUGGACAGUGGUUCGAGAGUAGGUGAUGCUGGUAAGCGUGAGUCCAUGUUUCCUUCCUUUCUACAUCAACAACACCCCACGACCUCUACGCCUGGCCCUGCUCCCGGUCUUUUUGCACUCCCUUAUGGGCCUUCGCCUGGUGCUUACCAGGAGACUGGUUCGCAGAAGUCUAAGAAAAAGGGAAAGAAGCACAGACAUGCUAACACUUCCUCCUCUGGAGGUGGUGUAGUAGAUGUUCCAGACCCGAGUAUCUUACAGGCAAGGCUACAUCAAGGAGGGGGCAUGGUCGGGCAGGGUCUGUAUGGCCAAGGUCAAGGUGGGUUUUCUUCCCUGAAUACAUACAACAACUACGGCGGUGCCGCCGGACGGUGGUAGUCCUUUCGCUUCUUUCACAUAGUUUCGACCGGAUGGUCAAGCACACUGUUUGUUUACUUUUCCUCAUUCGAUGGAUACAUGGCGUUACGGGGGCUUCGAGCGAAUGCAUCGGCACUCGGGCCUACCACUUGGGCCUUUGAGUUGCUCGGCGUUAUGACUGGGGUGGUCACUGUCAUUUUACUGGCUUUGGCCCAAGCAUGGCUUCACGGAACUACAAUACCUUGAUAUUCUCUUCUCGAGUUCUUUUCGUUUGGGCGAAUCAUGCUGCUUCUACCCAGGGUUUUUGCUUCAUCUUCUCUCGUCGUCUUCGUCAUGGCCAUCGGAUGUACGUAAAUCCCCUCCUGCAGCUGCCAAGUCGGCAUGCUUACUCUUAAUUAGAGAUGGCUUCCUUCACAUUUUUAUGCUUGGCCCUUAGUGACGAAGAUGCUCGAGAGAACCUGAUGAAG